GUAAGAGGAGGAAGGGAUCUUCCAUUCAAUUCUUCUCUCCUGGUUUCUGCUCUUCACAUCAUCUUUUGAGACAUUUCAAGGAAAACGGAGAAUACCCACGUCUCCAGUUCAGAUCGUACAAUCUCAGUCUGAGAUCUCCUUUGAAAAAGAGAAGGAACUCCAGCUUCAAGGUUCUUUUCGGUUGCAUUGUGCAGUAACAGAUUAAACACUCCCCACAAUGCACAUCCUGCAAAUCUGUGCUACAGUCUGCUGUUUCAUCAGCCUUCUGCUGCUCCUCAUUGCCCUUGGCACUGACUACUGGGUGGAAGACAGUAGUAAACACGAAGGACUAUGGAAAAAUUGUACCCUUUCUAACUGUUAUGACAUUCAGGAUCCUACAGAUAAACUGAAUGCUUCCCGAGCCUUCAUGAUCCUGGGGAUGAUCUCUGGUGCAGUGUCUUUAUUGAGUCUCUUUGCCACAUGUUUCCAGACACAUUUUUACUCCUUCUCCUUGGCCAAGCUUGCUGCUAUCAGCAGUUUAUUUGCAGGAAUAGCGGCCAUGAUUGCCAUGUCAAUUUACACAUCAGAACACUCAAACUAUGGAUGGUCUUUUGGCGUGGGAUGGGCCUCUUUCCCCCUAUUCCUUAUCACCGGUGGACUUGCUUAUGUAUUUCACACCAGCACAGCAAACUGAGUGUGUGAAAAAAA